CGAGGCAGGGUGCGUGCGUGGUGCGUGCGUGGGGCAGUGCGUGCUCGGCCCGCGCAGUCCAGCUCGUCGCGUAGUGCGUAGUGGUGCAGUGACUGAGUGACGCGAGUGUGUGUGGUGCCGAUUGUGAUUGUGGUGUAGUGGUCGGAGGUGCUCAUCGCAGUGCGCUUCGGCUCGCUCUUGCUGGGCCUGGCUCGGCCUCCCCGUCCGGCCCCGCUGGCCCCCCAGGCCCCCUGUCCCACGGCGGCCAUGGCCGCCCCCUCAGCGCCUUCGCGCGCAGCCCGUCGUGACUGGAUUCAAUGAAAAACCGCUAGGCCAUGCCGGCGUGGUAGCGACAGCGACCCAGCCCGCGCCCCGCCUCGCCUCGCCAUGGUGGACGUCGUGGCCGAGACAGACCCGGCCGUGGGCAUCGAGGACGCCAAGAAGAAGCGCAAGAAGGCGCAGCGCUGUGUGGAGAACAACAACUGCGAGGACACGCCCACCAAGAUGGACUCGGUGGACGUGCAGAAGGUGGCCGUCGUGGCGCCCACGCUCAUGGCCUCGGUGCCGACGUCGGCGGCCCGGAAGCGCGCGCACAGCCCGCGCCACUCGCCGUCCAGGAAGAUGAGCAAGAUGGUGGCGUCGGCCGGCGGCGUGGACAACGAGACCCUCAUCCGGGAGACGGAGGCCGCGCUCAAGAGCCUCUCCGGCAGCUGGCCCGGCGUGCGCGCGUCGUACUACGGCAACCACGAGGCCGCCGACGACAAGUUCGAGAACCUGUUCGACGAGAAGCACGCCGCGGCCAAGGCCCGGUGCGCCGCCACGGCCUCGCCCGGCCUCGGCCCCGACUCCCUCAAGGACGUCAUCACCCUGCGCGGCCAGAAGACGCCCUCGCGCGCGCUGCGCCCGCCCACCGGCACGGUGCGCGGCGUGCGCAGGGAGGACGACGCCGACGACUCGUCGCAGGAGCUGCACAUCGACCUGGACAAGGACGAGGACCGCAAGGACUUCAAGAAGACCACCAUGAUGCACCACCACACCGGCUUCGGACCCUUCCCGCCGCGGCCCACGUUCAUCGGCUUCCCCGGCGACGGCCUCGCCCCCGAGGUCGGCGUCGGCGCGCCGGGCGUCGGCGGCAUGCCCGGCAUGGACGACAAGCCCCCGCCGUCGUCGCUGUGCCUGCUCGAACUCAACCUCAAGUUCGAGGAGGACGAGCAGCCGCCGCCACCGCCGCCCGCCGCCGCCUCGCCCGACCCCUCCUCCAAGCAGUACACCAUCCUGCAGCCCGCCGGCGCCGGGUCGCGCGCCGCCACGGCCCUGCAGGACGUGGCCCGGGAGGGAGUCCCCGCCGUGCCGCGGUCCCAGGACCUGCACCGCACCUUCGGCCCGCUGUCGCCCGGCGUUGGCCUCAACCGGGAAGGCAGCAAGUGCCCCACGCCGGACUGCGACGGCCAGGGCCACGCCACCGGGCUGUACCCGCACCACAGGAGCCUGUCGGGAUGUCCGAGAAAAGACAAAGUCACACCUGAAAUGAGCAACUCCGUGAGCGGACUGCACGCGGACUUCGACUCGCCCACCUUCCCCGGAGUGCCCGUCCCCAAGCCCGCCUGGCUCUACGGCGUCAAGGACUCGACAGAGUCGCCCUUCUACAAGCCCGUGCCGACCCAGGCACCGCCGCCGCAGCAACAACAGCAACAAGCUCAGCAACAGCAGCAGCAACAACAACAACAGUCUCAAAGUCAAACACCCUCUCAACCGCAGCCUUUACCGCAACCCCCAACCCCCACCCAGCCCUCACCAACGCAGCAGCAGCAACAGCAACAUCAACAGCAGCAGCAGCAACAACAGCAACAACAACAGCAGCAGCAGCAACAACAGCAACAGCAGCAGCAACAACAACAGCAACAAACGCAGCAACAGCAGCAGCAGAAGAAGACGGAGGACCUGGUGAAGAGCAUGAAGAAAGAAGUGGGCGAGCUUCCCGGACACAACCGACUGAACCUUCUCGUCCCGAAAUCGGAGGCCUCCCUCACCAGGUCGGCGUCGCCGCAGCCCGCGCAGGCCGUGCGCCAGCAGCAGCACCAGCACUCCCAGAUCAUGCAGCAGCAGCAGGCCCAGCAGCAGGCGAGCUACGAGGCGUACCUCAGCAACCAGGACUCCAACUCGUCGUCCAUGUCCAGCAUGGACACGAUGCGGUCCCCGGGCUCCAUGCUGCCCUCGCAUCUGCCGCAGCCCUCGCCGCACCACCUGCCGACCCACAGCAUGCAGCAGCAGCAGCAGCAACAGCAGCAACAGCAGCAACAGCAGCAACAACAGCAGCAGCAGCAGCAACAACAACAACACUCGUACUCCAUGUCGCUGGUCGACCACCAGAUGGCGCAGCGGCCGCCGUACGACGUGACGGCGGGCGAGGACAUGUAUCAGCGCGCCGGCAGGUUCAGCGAAGACGACGUCCACCGCGCGUACGGCGUGCAGACGGUGCAGUCGGUGCAGCGGCCGGUGGUGUCGUACCCGGACCUGGGGCUGCGCGUCGGCGUGGGCGUGGGCGCCGUCGGCGUGGGCCCCGUCGGCGUGCCUGGGAGCUUGGUGCCCGUGGGGCCGUACGACAGCAGGCCCUACGACAGCAGCACGCCGCCCAUCGGUCAGGCGGGCCAGGCCAGCGUCUCCACCCCAGCCUACGACCGCGACGGGCCCAGCCCCAUGUACGGCGGCGAGGUGGGUCGGUACGAGCAGACCGAGCCGGUGGACUUCUCGACGGCGCCGGACAGUGUGUCCGCCGUGCCCUUCCCCGGGCAGCCCAUGGCGCGGUUCCCCGCCGGACCCGCGGGGCCGCCGCCCCCGCCCGGACCCGCCGGCUACUCCCGGGACUCGUCGCCGGACUCGUCGGCGGGCCACUUCCUGGACUACAGGGACGCCAACGGCUACGGCGGCAUGAGUCCGGUCCACGCCGCGCACGCCGCCCACGCCGCGCACGGCUACGGCCUGGGCGGCCCCAACCUGGGCGGCGACUACCCGGGCAGCUCGUACUCGUACGGCAACUACUGCGGGACCAGCGGCUACCCGGCCACCUACCCGGGCCACGUGGCCAGCUACUCGCCGCAGCCCUGCUACUCCAUGCCGCCGCCCAGCCACCCGCACCCCGGCCACCCCGGCCACCCGCACGGCGUCGGCUCGCUCGACAAGGACGGCGUCAAGACGGAAGGGCUACCCGGCUGCCCGCGCAGCGACCGGUCGCAAAUCCAGCCCCACUCGCAGGAGCUCAAGUGCCCCACGCCGGGGUGCGACGGCUCGGGCCACGUGACCGGCAACUACUCCUCACACCGGAGUCUGUCCGGCUGCCCGCGGGCAAACAAACCCAAGAGCAAACCCCGAGAUGGCCAGGAUUCUGAGCCUCUCAGGUGCGUCAGGCAGUGUCCCAUCCCCGGCUGCGACGGCUCGGGGCACUCCACCGGCAAGUUCCUGUCGCAUAGAAGCGCGUCGGGCUGCCCGAUCGCCAACCGCAACAAGAUGCGCGUGCUGGAGAGCGGCGGCACGGUGGAGCAGCACAAGGCCGCCGUGGCCGCCAUCAAGUUCGGCUCGGGCGUGGGCGGCGGCCUCGGCGGCGGCGUGUCCGUCUCGGAUCCCUGCGACUCGCUGCAGGGCCACGUGACGGGCGCCUUCCUGAGCCACCGCGGACUGGGGCCGGUCCCCGGGCCCGGCGGCGUCGGCGUCGUCUCCGGCGGCCUCCCCUCCAGCAACCCGACGGGCUCCGGCCCCACGGGCAGCACCAACCUCGGCGCCGGCAGCAACCUCAAGAAGGGCUUCAGCAAGUACCCGCCGCCGCCCGAGGACAUGAGCGGGAUGUACGGAAAGGGGCCAGGCUUGAUGGAGGUGAGCUCGCACCAUGUGGGAGUCGGAGCCGGCGGGGAGGACAUCAACGUCCUCGAGGCCGAGAUCACCGAGCUCCAGCGCGAGAACGCGCGCGUCGAGUCCCAGAUGCUGCGCCUGCGCACCGACAUCACGGCCAUGGAGGCGCACCUUCGGCACGACAAGGAACCCCAGCUGGUGCCGCAGGUUCCGCGAGGGUCCAACCUGACGGACUACUACGAGAACCUCCGCAACAACGUGAUGACGCUGCUGGAGCACGUGCGCAUCCCCGGCGGGUGCAACGGCGGCGUCAGUGUAGGCCACGUCGGCAGUGGGCAGCCGCACCUGCCGUACAGUGACGUGAGGGACAUGAGAGAUAUGAGGGUCGGACCCGAACACUUUGACAGUUACCUCAGUAAACUGCAGACACUGUGCGAGGAGGGCAACGGCUCCAGCAGGGCCAUCUACGGCGCAGUCCGCCCCACCCUGCCGACUCCCAUCUGAUCGAGACUUCACGCCUCCAAGCCAAGCGAGCAGCCUUGUAAAUUUGCCUGUACAGGUGGCUCUGUGCCACAAAACCUCUUUGAUCAUGUAAAGAAUACAAGGGAAAAAUGUAUACAUAUUUAGUUUUACAGCCGUAGUAUCUAUUCCAGCUGAAUGUUGUAACUGUAAAAAAAAACAUAUGUUAUUUUAGGUGUUUAGACUUGAAAAUAAGUCUGUCCAUUAUUUGCUGUGUAAAAAUAGACGUAAGAGCCUUAAACGGAGGGUAUGACUGGGGUAUUUCCUGUGAUGUCAUACUGUGGUAUUCAUAUUCUAUUGCAGUAUUGUUUGAUCCAUGCGUUCUAUUAGUGUUGGUUUGGGAUUCCUUUUAAAAAAAUCAGGAAAGGCAGAUAUGCAAACUGCAAAGAUUUUGCUGCACAACUGUUACACCCGUUUUCAAAAAGAAAAUUGUUUGUGAUGAAUUUGCAAGAGCUCUGUUACGUUUGCAUUUUCUUCCCUCGAUGUUUGCGUGUUGCAGCUAUGCUGAAGAACAUGUGGAACCUAUAUCUCAGCUAGCCACCCAUGUGAUCCUAGUUAAUUAUAGGAAUGAUUUUAUGAUAGCUUGUUAUAGAUUGUGAUUUAUGUUGUGAUAUGUGUUGUUUACCUCAAGGUUUUCUUUACAGUGAGAGCGUUUCAAUUUGUUUACCGGUCAACUCAUUGUAGUUUUAUGACUGAGUUAUAGCUUUUAUUAGUAAUAGCACAAAUGUUACUGUUUAUUGUUUUUUGAUUGAAUUUCUUCAUUAUUGUUUUGUUAUAGCAUACAACCACACAUUAAUUGGUGCUCUAUCUUACUUCUCAUUCCUCAAUUGUUUUUCUUUUUUGAUCACUCAACAAAUGUAUACUUUGUGAUGCUUUUGCUGUGAGCUUACAAAAAUAUACUGCGCAGUUAUUUGUUUACUCACAAUUUUUUUUAGCAUGCAGCAAUUAUGCAGAACACCUUUUUUCUUGUUUUUUAAAAUAGCUGAUCACGUUGUUAUUUUAUUGUCAUGCAAUCAAAAAUUUUAUUUUGCCAAGGCUGGAAGUCAGAGUUGAGAGCUCAUGUGAUACUAUUCCAUCCAUGAUCAUGGGACAGUAAUCAAUUGACUACUGGUCUCUCACAUCUGCCUAAAUCAAUUGUCAGAGCAUCUCUCAUCAUCAUUUUUAUUCAUGAGUUCUCCCAAGCCUAUACCAGUUUGAAGUCAAUACUAGGGAACAAUGGGAAGGGUUGUAGCUUUACAAUACCUCUAGGAAUCUGCCACUUUGUGGAUCAGUUGUUUUGUUCUUUUACCAAUUUUGUUAUUUAUUGAUUUCUAUUUUUUCCUUUUAUAAGAACAUUGAUUGUCAAAGGUGACUGAUUAGUAGCUUCAUUGCAAGCCUAAUUUAAUCGCCAACUCCUAAUGUAUACUGAAUUAUGUGAAAUGUUAAAGAUUUGGAUGUGUGCACCAUAAGGGUGGGCGCACCUGCUUAUCUGAUAAUAAAAUCAUACGCUGUGAGUUACAAAUUUUGUGAUGCCAUCUUUUUGUGUUUGGGGUAAAAUUACAUUAACGAAUAAAAUUGCAAUCUCGAUCACCAAUAAAUCUGCCACAUAAUAGGGUUUUGAUUUUGGGAGGUAAUUUUUCAUUUUAUAUUUUUGUAACAUAAUAUACUGAAGAAGCUAAAAGUAGUAUGCAAUUUAAAGAGGCAUACAACAUUUAAACAAAAUCUGUUACAGAACAUUUCUUUUCAUCAUUUUUUAAUGGAAAAUGUGCAAGACAAGAGAGCAAGCUGUGACAGUAUUUGCUGGUAGCUUAGCUUAGACUCAUUCCAUUUUGUACUUGCCCCAUGCUUUGUAAGUCCAGCCAGUCCAAUUCAAAGUCAUACUGUCUCAAUAAAAGUUUAAGAAUGCUGCCAUAUGUCCCUGCCAAAGAGUUAAUCUAAAGUUUCGUGUAAUACUCUGUUCUGACCUAUGCACACUCGCAUUGAAUUUGUGUACAUAUAUACAUAUAUACCAUGUUAAUGUUUAUGAGUGUGGCUGUAUACCAUAUGAUGGCUGUAUAAUUUUAAUUUAGUCUCAUUUUUGUUGUUACGAUACAGUGGGAUUUCAAUCUGUCCUCGACAGACUCUAGUCAUCCUAGUAGGAUGUAAAACGUGCCAUUUAACUUUAGAAUGGGCCUGGUGCAACCAAACAAACUUGUAAUGUGAAUGUUACAACUCCCUAGAUCAGCCAAAUUUAGAAGGCGUUUUGAAAUCCUACUGUAGUUUAUUUCGUUGUCAAGUUCAGAUGCCCAAUGUUACGUGUCACUUGUUUGAUCUGAUUAUUUGUUAAUGAAAAGAUGUGCAAUAAUAAAUUGAUAA